AUGAACCAUACCAUCCCUUCAUGCCCAUCCUCUUCCGUCAUGCCUGGUUCGCCCAACGUUGAUGCCUCUGCAUCCAGUGCUACCCGCUCUCGCCCUAGCCCCGUCGUCACUGCUUGUGCACCCAUCUGGCUACGCAUAGUGCAGAGAAGCGCUACUGGCUCGCUCACCACUACCCGUGGGCUCCAUUAUCUGUGCCCAAUUGACCUUGACAUGCCUGAGGACUCUUGGAACAACGCCCGAGGUGCCCCGCCUGAAGCCAUUCAUGGCACCCCGCUUGAGGCCUCCCUUGGUGCCCCGUCGCCUAAGGCAAUCCUUGGUGGGGCUGCCCAUGGCGCCUCACCCGAGGUUGUGCAUGGCACCUCACCUAAGGUCGCACAUGGCGCCUUGGAUGAGGCUGCCCAUCGCGCCUUAUCGGUUGCGCAAGGCUCCUCGGCUGAGGACCCCCAUGGCAUCUUGCCAGUGCCUCUCCUCUCCACUUCUUCUUUGGAGACAUGA